AUGGGCCUCACCAGCGUCGUCGCCGCAAAGAGCUACUUUACCCUCACGCUUCAUGCGCCUCAAUAUGCAGUUCUCAACGGCAAAACCAUCAAUGCUCGGGACAGGUCCUUCAUCAUUGGAGCCCAAAGCCCCAGCACACGCUGCGACCUCAAAGUUUUUGCUCAGUGUCCGGCUGGCGAUAGUACACUCGUCAAUGAUGAUAUGUCGUUUCUUGCCUCGGCGGCUCCUGGUGGCCAGUUCAUCUACGUCGCUCCGGAUGGCUCCAUCAGCUACCCCCCGGCUCACUCAUCAUUGCGUCCUCCAGGCGCCCAAGUCGGCGGCUUUCACCCGCAUCUAGUCCCAAUUGAUAAUGGAGAAUCCGUACAUGUUCUCAACUGGCGGUCGAAUGAUGGUACGGCUGGCUUAUGGGCGUGCCCCGUUUCCCCAGGAGCACCUAUUGCUUACCAGGCAGUGCUCAAGGCGGCAACCGCGCGAUUCAAUGGCCUGGGAUGUCUAGCUGUUGAUGGUAUCCGGAUCCAACUAGCUGGGAGUGACUUUGGGGCCUGGGAGUAUACAUGA